AUGAGAAGGCCAAAGGAGAAAGAGAGAAUGCAAGAUGAGGUUAUCAAACCCAAACUUCCCUACCCCCAAAAGUUCAUGAGGCACAAAUUGAAUGAACAAUUCGGGAAAUUCAUCGAGAUGCUUAAGCAGAUUCAUCUUUCUAUUCCUUUCACCGAUGUUUUUCAACAAAUGCCAAACUAUUCUAAGUUCCUUAAGGAAAUCUUGAGUGGCAAGAGAGAGUGCAAUGUGGUUGAUUCGAUGAGUGUUGGGGAAUGUUAUAGUGCUCUCAUCCAUAAUGAUCUACCCCCAAAGAUGAAAGACCCGGGGAAUUUCUCCAUCCUUUGCAAUAUUAAUGGCAAAUUGUUCCAAAAUGCUGUUUGUGAUCUUGGUGCUAGUGUUAGCAUCAUGCAAUAUUCCGUCUUAAAGAAGCUUAAGUUAGGUGAACUCCUCCAAACCAACAUGACCCUACAAUUUGUAGACCGUUCUAUUAAGUUCCCCAAGGAUAGAGUCGAGGAUGUCCCCCUCAAGAUAAGAGAGUUCGCUAUCCCCGUUGACUUCAUUGUGCUAGAGAUUGCGGAAGAUGAUAAUAUUCCUAUCAUCUUAGGUAGACCAUUCCUAGCGACUUCGGGGGCUUUAAUUGAUGUUAAAGGCGGCAUUAUUACUUUGUGCGUUGGUAUUGAUAAGGCAAGUUUUAAUCUCAAGUCGAUGCAUGAGUCUCUAUCCUACGUGCAAGAAAUUAUGUGCAUAAAUUCAUUUCCCUUGAAUGAUGAUUCUUGCAUGUUUGUGUCUUCUACUAAUGAUAUUCUUGUAGCUUGUGAUGAUACUCCUAAAUGUGUUGAAAGCAAGAUUGUUAGUGAAGAAGACAAGGAGUCCUCUAAGCUAGAGAAUGAGUUUGAAAUGACUUCUUGGUUUGAGCUUUCUUUGAAGGAUGACGAGAAUAGUUUUUCAAGUGUUGGUCAUGUGGAGCUCAAAACUCCAAGGAAGAAAAAAUCAAGGAAGAAAAAGAGAGUUCCCAAUGCAAGAAAAAGAAAGAGAAGUUGA